AUGGCUACCCCGACGCCCGGCAAGACCGCUGCGUCGCAGCAAGGGAGGACCCCGCAGGUCGCCGCCUCGCCUCCAGUCUCGACUCCCUUCUCCCUCUCCGGCGUGCAGGGUGUAUUCUCGCCGCGAGGGCCCAGAUCGUCACCGCAGCAGGUUAAGAAGUCGCCGGCGACAACGCUUGCCGGGCAUGGGUCCGCGGGACCUCUGAACUUUGAUAGCCCGUCGGCCGCGGCGGCGAUGGGAUCGCUCGGUAUCGCGAAUGGACUUGAUAUGGGACUGGAUAAUGUUGGGGUGGGGGGGCUAGCUGGAUUGCAUGGGCUUGGUGUGCUGGGGGGUGAAGAUGAAAGGUUGAAGAGGCUGGAUGCGAUAAUUGGUAUCCUGUCGCAGAAGAAAGGUUACGUUAGCGAGGAGGGCCUCGAGAGAUUGGUGCAGCGGAUAGGACUUGACUGCAUAUGGGAUACCUACACGGCACCGGGCGGCCAAAAGAUGAAGAUGCUCGUCAUCGCGGGCAAAGCCCUCCAGCUCGACAUCUCGAUAGACAAUAACAUCGUCCGUAACGUGGCGCUGUCGUUUCCCUUGUCCGCGCCGAUCGUGAUAGAACGCGUCGGGCGGGCGACGGCCAUACUCAUGAGAGAUCUCGAACUGCGGCCGGGCCAGAACCCGCUGACGAAGAAGCUCGACGACUUUUACGCCAACCUGUCGAGGCUCGCGGAUUUGGACAAGCUUAGCGUGAUACCUGGUUUGGACCUGCAGGAAGCACUAGCGGGGAUGUGUUCGAGUUUGGAGCGCAUUCACCACUACGACCUUGAGAAGCUACGCGCGGAACACGCCGGUAAGGGAGAGAGGUACGUUCACAACAUGGUGACCUGUCAUAGGCACGGGUACCCCGUCAUGCAUGCGAGGAAUCGCGUUGGUUUAAAUCUAGAUUACUGGAUACAACGGCACUGCGUUCCCCCCAAGAACACGCAAGCCGAAAAGUUCGUCGAACAGAACGAGGGGGUGUGGUCGCUCCUAAUAACCUGUGCGCCCAUGGGUGAGAUGAUAUACCCUCCGGUCAGGAUUUCAGAAAGCUGGAUUUCUCCCAAGAUUGAGAAGGAGGAUCCUAGCGCCGAAGACGUUCUCAGCGCGACGACUGGGCCUGCUCUGGAUUGGCUAGAACCCGAGAAUACGGUGAUUCCGCCGCCCGAGGAGAACAAGGACUCGUCGGUGGACAUGUCUUUGAAAUAUCCCGAGGUCAUCUUCAAGGCGUUAUUGGAGCCCUCAGUUAUCCUGCCCCAGCCCGUCUGGCUCCAGAUGUACGAGCUUGUAGGGGCGCAGCCUCCGCCCCUCUAUGCUUACCCUACGUUUGAUAGUCUGUACUUCCCGAUCCCACCGUCGACCGAAGCGCACGACCCCAGCGCGCCGAGGACGAUCGAGUACCAGCGGGAGAUCGUGUGCGUUUCAAAAGAGGGGCAAACGAGCACGAAGAAACACAAGAACACUCUUUACAUUUACAAACCUGUGUACGGCCAGACGCUAUCAGAGCUACCAUUCUCACACCCGAAGCAGCUCAUCUCACUACUCCCCAACCUCAGACAGUACGCACUACUCUCGACACUACUGCGGCGAAGCUUUGGUGACAGCAGGACGGCGCUAAAUGGUGCGGCGGUGGAGUCCCCCUCCAAGACAGGGGAGACGGCCGGUAGCCCCGAGGUGCUGUCAACAAGGACGGUGCCGAAGAAACAGGAACUAAAUGCGUUUGCGGAACGUGAAGGCCCGUCAAGCCCGGCCGAGGAGAAAUUCAACGUCGAUUCCAUCGACGUGACGUUGACGGUUCACCCUGCACCGCGGCUUCAGGUGGUAUUUCCUUUACAAUCUACAACGGCUAAUAUCACGCUUGAGAUUGGACCCAACGGAAAGAUGCUGGUGAUUUCUCAAAAUAUCGUCCCAGAUGCGGGAUCUGUGGUGGAAGGAGGAGAAGCGGCAGAGACCAAGGGUAAGGGCAAGGGCAAGGCGAUCCCUGUGGAGAGUCUGGGCCGGGCACUUGAGGUGUUGGAGGAUAUUGACCAGUGGUGCGAAUGGGUGCGCACUCGGGUUGAUUGCGGAUAG